AUGUCCUUCUUUUCACGAGUCUUCAGGGGCAAAGACUCUAGUGUGAAGAAACAGGCCCACCCCACCACCAUAGUCGACACCUCGCCCGCCAAACCCAAAUGGACCGAUGCCUGGCAGCGGACAGAGGUCGCGCCAGAGGAAGUGCAAGACCUGGUGCGAGGCUGUGUGCAUGAACUCAAGGCCCGAGCUCUCGAUACGCCAUUCCUCCUCCUACCGUUCCGUCCUAGCUCCGACCCGAGUGCGGCUCGCACGUUCAUUCGCAACUACUUCAAUCAAUCGUUCGAUAAGGGCUCGCCCGUGAACGGGGAUGCCUUGGUACAGGAGCUCCGGCUUACUGAGCCGAUGGUCCUCUGCGGGGUGAUGAAGUGGUGCUGGAGUAGACUUCCCGGUGGUGUCGUCACUUGGGAAGCAUAUGAGACCUUCAAGAUGGGUGAACACGAUUCGGAUAUGGCCCGUGACGCCUUCUCAACCUUCAUCCCCAUCGGUGGCGACUCCGACGCCCGAACCAGUAUCAUCUUCGACUUCUUCGACCUUUUGGCUGCCAUUGCGGCGCAUGGAAAGUCCAAUGGACUGGGAGGACGCAAGCUUUCUCGAUAUGCCGGAUGGUGGGCUUUCGAGCACAGCGAUACCGGCGGCGGCUUCGAAGCUGCCUACAAGAGCUGGGCUGCUGCCGCCGACGCGACGAGCCACCUGUUCUUCGCCUAUCUCCGUUCCCUGUCUCCAGAUGUCCCACGCGGUGUGGUCAUGAUUGUGGAGAAUGUCUCGCCGACACCAUUUUCACUCUUACGACGCGCCAAGAACUUUGAAUACCGCGACGACGACUGGCACCUGCAGGAGUUUGCCAACUACGAUGAUCCCAUUAGCGCAUUGACUGAUGAAUGUCUCCGCGUUCUCCAGUGUAUCUCCUCCGCGAACGAGUCCAGUGUCUCGAGCACCAAGCAGUCUACCAGCUUGCGCGACGCAUCCUGGUCCCGAUUCGAAGACAUUGGAUUUGGUGGCUCGAUUGACUCCGACGAGGAAGACCCUAAGGAAACACUGGCCCCACCAUCAAGGAAGAGUGGAUCUGCCGGUGGAUUGAGCAAUGUGCCCAAGUCUGGAACUGGUGAUCUCGGCCGCCCUACCACCCCCUCGUGGGCAGACUUCAUGUCCUCUGGAUUUGCCGAUGAGAACAACCUCAAGAGCCAUGUGAGCCCUUUGCUUCUGCCUCCUGAUAAGGUUCUUCCUCCAAUUGCAACCGCCCGCGGACAAAGCUCUCAGUCUCACAAGCGCUCUUUGAAUGAUGAGCCCGCCCUUGAGCCGGCAGAGUUGGCCAGCAUCAAUACUCUCGACAUGGACGACUCGUUCUGGUGGGUGUGGAUUAGCAGUCUGUCAGGCGAUGAGCCCUCUGCCCGCAAGGCAGUGUUCGGCCGAUGCGCCCUUCUCGAGACCGUCAUUCGUGACACCAAGUGGCUGGUCCUUGAGGAGCAGGUCAAGGGUGCUGCUCCAGAGCCCGAGGCCGGUGCCCAGAUUGUUGAAAAGAAGAAAUUCUUCAGCUUUGGUAGCCGGAAGGGCAAGCUCAGUCGCCGCAAGUCUUCUGCCAAGAAGGUCUCUCCGAUUGAAGAGUCGUACAAGAGACCCAACAACCCUGGCUCGCAGAGCAAGACCAGCAUUGGCCCCGAUCAGCACAAGCGUAUCCAGGCUGCAGCGGCUGCUCUGCAGCAGAAGCAUCGCGAGCAGGAAGCAGAGGCAAACCAGAAUCAUUUCGAUCCCAAGACCGAGCGUUAUUCUAAGACCAACUCAGUGAUGACCCUGCAGCCUGCUAUCGUCAACGAGGCUUCCCAGGCCAUGAAGUGGACUAAAAACUACGACAAGGGUGCUUUCCGCGCAGCAUAUCUCAAGGACAACCGCGCUGGUACUGGUGCCGCCGAGGAUGUCACUGAUGAAGUGGAAACCCAACCGGAGGAAACAGAAGAAAAGCCCAGCACGCCCUCUGCACCGGCGACUAAAACCACCGAGGACGUUCCAGCGCCACCUCCCAAGGAAGCACCUGCUGCCGCCAUUGCUGCUCCCCUCCCGCCCUCUCCCGAGCCGCAGCCCAAGAAGGCCGUCAAGGUGACCACUCCUGAAGAGGCCCAGGCGCCCGCCAAGCCUGCCGUUGUUGAAAAACCGGCGGAACGUCGUGAAUCAGUGGACGAGGCAAAGAAGCUCAAGAAGAAGAAUGGCAAUUCCACCUUCAAGAGCAUGUUCGGCACCAAGAAGAAGCCCGACCAGCAGCAACCUCCCAUGAAGAACAUCGGUACCGAAAAGAUCUCUAAUGUGGCAGCAGCCCGUGCAGCCCUCGAGGCCAAGCACAAAGCAGCCCAGGAGUCCACCCCGGUAAAGAAGAAGCCCCUUCCCAAGGAAGCCGCUGUUGCCGUCGAGCCCGUGACUACGGAGCCUAAGAAGCCCUCCACCCCGCAGCAAGCCGAGCAAGUCGAGCAGCGCGAACCCGCCGCCGACCCCCCAACCCCAAAGCAGCCCUCAUCCUCGCAAGAGGAGAACGGAGCGCCCCCUAGAACUAGACGCGCGAUCGAAUGCGAUGCUCUUUCCCGCAUCGAUACACUCGAGCGCGACGCCGCCGACCAAGAGUUCUCCAAAUUCGACCAAGGCCCUCUGACCGACCAGCCAGCCUUCGCCCCUGACUCUCCUAUCCGCAAGUCAACAGAGAAGACCGAGCUCCCGCAAACCCCAACCAACGGCAACACCAACGGUCACGACCACGGCGUCCAGCCCGGCAGCGCAACUUCACCCGAGUCCACCGGCCCGCAACAUGACAGGUGGAAGGCGAUCCGCGAAGCAGCAGCUGAGCGCUCCCGCGCUGCUAACGGACACCACGAACCCGAGCACCAGUCCGAGCGUGAGCCGGAGACCGAGCCGGAGACCGAGACUACCACCCGUACCAGCCAGUCUGAGCGCACUGACGAGGGCGAUACCAGCGGCGAAGAGACCAUCGAGUCUCGCGUCGCUCGUAUCAAAGCCCGUGUCGCUGAGUUGACUGCCACUAACGCGGAUGAUGGACAGAGGCCCUAA